AGAAACUGGAGCGUUUCUUCCUCCACAAAAUAAAACAAGCUCUUCACGGACUCCACCGGACAUAGUUUAUCUCCAGACGUGUCUACAUGUAACUCUUGGUGAGGAGACUUUGAUUCAUUUUGUUUCUGUGUCGGACAGAUUUAAACAAACAUCAUGGACGUGUGGAGAAGAUUCUCCAGGAGACCUCCAGAUAAAACGUAUCAUGGACUGCAGAACCAGGGAGCAACCUCCUACCUCAACUCUGUGCUGCAAGUGUUGUUCAUGACCAAGAACUUCAGAGAGGCUCUGAGACGGUUUGGAACUAAACUACUGAAAAUGUGCCGCGAGGAUGAUUCAUUUCAAACUGUUCUCAGCUUCUUGUUUGAACAAUUAGAAAACGGUGAAGCUCACACAGAGAUCAUCACAGAGGGUCUUGGCAUCAGGUCAGGAUCUGUACAAGGUGAUGCUGCUGACUGCUUUGAGAAAAUAAUGAACAGGAUCAAGAGUGAGGAGGCUUCACAGAUAUUCAAGAUAGUGUUGACACACAAGAACAAAUGUGAUGGUUGUGGGACAGAAUCAGGGAAAGAAGAAAAGUUUUGGCAUCUUCCACUGGAACUGGAUGGAGAACGCUACGGUUCCUUCAAAGUGAUUGAUGGCUUGAGGACGUUCUUCAGGGAGUCAUGGAUCACAGGACAGGACCGGCUGUAUUGUGAAAAGUGUAAGACCAAACAGGAUUCUACUGAUAAAUUUGAAAUGAAAGAUCAUCCAGAAGUUCUGACGCUGCUGUUGAAGAGAUUUCAGUUUGACCACAGGUGGAAUCGAUAUGAUAAAAUCCAGCGCAGUGUGGAGGUUCCCCACUCAAUACCAGUACAGGGUCAGAAUUAUGAGCUGUAUGCAUGUGUGGAGCACAGUGGUGAUCUGAAACGAGGACAUUACACUGCAACCAUCAAGUCUAAGGAUGAUGGGAAAUGGUAUAAGUUCAGUGACACCACAGUAGUGCCGCUUUCAUUCCAGCCUCUCCAGGUGGAUUCCAGUCACAGAUUCAUAGAUGCUUAUCUUCUAUUUUACCGGAGAGAGAAAAGAAGUUCAUCUGGACACGAGGUGUCCCCUCCUGCAGCCUCCACGCUGCAAACCAGAGGCGUCAGUGAUCUGAGAGGAAACUAUGUGAAGAGAGAAGAGAAGGAGGACGAGGAGGAAACAGCAGGUUUAGGAAAUGUUACUGAGAGUGAAGGAAGGAGUAACUCUGGUGAUGAAGAGAGAGGAGAGAAAAUAUUGAGUAAAGAAAAAGUUGUUUCAGAGGACAAAGACAGAAUAACUACUGUAGAUGAACUGAGAGUUGGAGUAAGGAGUCCAGCAGAUGUGGAGGGAGAAGAACCAAACAGAAAAGCAGCAGAUGACAGGAAGCCGGCAGGAGAGCACAAAAGAAACAAAACAAUACAGACAAAAUACGAUCUUUGCUCCAGUCCUCCAGGAAACACAAGCAGUGAGACAUCAGAGACAAGACAUGAGGAACAAAGAAAGAAAGAAAGUUCUCAAAGCAAAAGUUUCCAUCAAGCUGUGGAAGAUCAGACCUCUGCAGCUGUUAACUAUGAUCCUCACAGUGACUGUUCAGCAACGGGUCAAACUUCAGGACAAGAUUAUGAAUCAGAAGAUCAAGUUAGGAGAACUUUGGAAUACAGGAGAGGAGGGGAUGAGAGUUAUAUUCACAAACCAGCAGAAGAGACGGGGAACAGAUCAGAAAUUGAAAACUACCCGCAACGUAGUUAUUCUAAUCGUCCUCUGAACAAGUGUCAGGAGAGGAGAGAGAUCAGGACAGAUGAUGGACUGAAACAAACCAGAGAAAACCCUCAAAGACACAGCAGUCAGACUGCAGAGGGUCAGGAUGAAACACAGUGUGGGGGUCAUUUCAAACUGAGGCCACAGGAGGAUCUGAGCAAAGAGACGAGGCCAGAUGUUAGUGUGAAAAGACACAACAGUGAGGAAGAACUGAUGAGAGAAAACAAAGAGAGGAAAUACAGGAAAAGGGAAACAAAAGCAGAGAAAAAAUAUGAUUUAAAAACAGCAGAGGAGUCUUUGUCAGAACAUUUCUACAAUUUGAAACUAAGUGAUUCAAGUUCAUUAGAGAAACCUGAAAGAAGGGACAUGGGUACUCAGACAGAGGACAUGACUGUUCCAUCAACUUUGGACACAUACAGUAGAAACACUGGUUACUUCAGCUGGCAGAGCCCACACUGAGUUUCACACCUGGUGUGCAGACAUUGCCACUCUGCCGUACCAAUAAUGCCAACAGACACACAUUCACACACACCAACAUUCAUACCUUCAGAUCAUCCAUGCUUUUAUUGGAGUAGGGUCGAGUUUGCACAUCCCAUCCCCCCUCCAGCUCCAGUUCAAACCACUGGUCCACCACAAAAUCCUACAAGCUCAAAUGUUAAUCAUGAAGUGACACAGCGGUUUGGCAGACGAGCUGAAGUGCAGCGUGGGGCCACCUCUGAAGGAAGAGUGUUUAACAGUGUUCUUUAUUACAUACCCUGCAAGAAAGGUCCUGACCACAGUUAAAAUUCAAAAUAAGAGAGUACAGACUUUGGCCAGAGUCACAUUACUGGAAAUGUAUUAAACUUGUGUAUCAAAAGUGUUAAAUCUCUUGUUGUUCAUGGUUGUUCAGUUUGGUUUUUAUUUUUAUCACAGCUUUGUUUAGCUUCAAGAUCAAAUCACAUUUUAAGAGUUUAAUUUAAAAGAGGGUUCAGUGUAAUUUAGAAUAAAUUCCAUGUUAGUGGGCUGCAUUGUGAAAGUGUUCAUUUGGGUGUAAACUAAACCAAAGCUUUGUAUCACUCCUGUCUUUUCUUUCAUCUGAUUCCUCCUGAAUGGUUUUUGACCAGCAGGAGUCCUGGACCUUUUUUUUCUAUUCUUAUAAUUCGGUGAUUGUUAUGUGACUGAAGCAAAGCAAAUGAGGUGUUUUUAAUCAUUGAUAUUUGACAGGUUUUUGAGAUGUGUACAGUUUAUCCAUAAUGUUUACUUGUGUAAUGUAACUGUGAUUUCAAGUGUGUGCAAAGAACAACGGUGAUGAUUGACCUUCUCAAUAAAUGGCUUU